AUGGAACAUAUUCGAGAAACACAUCGUCGCCGAAUUUUUCAGAAGAGUCGUUUUCACAAUCACAUUGACAUCCCAAACAUCAUUAGACAGGGGAAAGCCAACCCCAAAUGCAAGGCAUUCCAAAAAGGCAGUGUUUCCUUUGCUGCAAUCAACCCAGCUAUCCAGUACACUGUCGACACAUUACAAGGUGUAGCUUCAUCAAACAAGCCCCUGAAGGACCUAAAGCAAGACCUUAGUGAAGGUGGACGUCUUUCAAAUUGUGACCUUCCGCAACUAACCGAAUUCCACGAGCAGAGCCUAAUAACACUCACUCASAAGUAUGUCACAGCUAUGAAAGAGAACAUCGAAAGACRCUUUGCAAACAGCAUCCCCAUCCUGACAUCUUUUCAGAUUUUCGACCCUACAGCYGUUCCAAAGARGUCAGAUCCAGACUUCAAGGAUUAUGGAGUGGAUAACAUCAAUACACUAGCAGACCACUUCUACCAUUACCAACCCAAAAAAACAGAAAUGAAGGAAGAACUGUUAUGCGAGAAAUUCAAGUACAACCUUCUUCAGUUUAAAGAGCAACUACCAUCUGAGUUCCUCAAACCCUUACCAAAGAAAGUCCUGGUAACAAAGUCGCCAACAGAGUGGUGUCUUGAAAAAUUGCUAUCAAUGCGUGCCACAUAUCAGCACUUUGUUCCUGGUUUGUUGUGCCUUGCUGAAGUUUGUCUGUCGCUACCCGUGAGCAACACAUGGCCAGUAAGAGGUGCUUCUGCCGUUAAGAGGCUGAAGACCAGAAUGAGGAGUAGAAUGAACAAUGACAUGCUGGGUGCAUUGAUGCACAUCACACUGAAUGGGCCAGACGUCAAGGACUCUAGUCAGUUGAUUGAUGCUUCUGUGAAACAAUGGAUGAAAGUCAAGCCCCGAAGGAAACUUGCUAAAGGGAACGAGGCUGCAAGGCAUCCACCAACAUUCUCUGAUGCUUCAGUUCAAGCCAAUCUUGAUACUACCAUGCAUGUACCAGUUGCUGACCUUCAAGUGUUACAGAAAGAAGCUGAAUUGCUCGAGGAGGAAGCAGAGAUGUGGAGGCAGGAAGUCAGUGCAGCCUUGAAAGUAAUGAACUUGCCUGAGCUAGACCCUCUGUCAGAUAGCGAUGACUCUGAUUUUGAUGAUGUCUUGUUUUAAGUUUUUUUUUGGUUUUAAG